GGAGAAGGGGGGGGGGCGCAGCGGAGAGCGGCGCGGAGGAGCGAGCAGUGAGCAGUGCUGCGCGAGACCAUGGAGCGGACGCGCUAUCUGCUCGUGCUGGCGCUGCUGCUGGCGGGGGGGGGGGGGCCCGCGCGCGCGGGCGUCUUCGACAAGCUCAAGAAGCUCUUCACGGGCGGCGGUGGCGGCGGCGACGGCGCGACGACGCAGCGGGCUGCGCCGGCCAACCUGACGCUGGCGACGCUGCUGGCGGAGCGGGAGCGCCUGGCGCGCACCUCCAACGGCUCCGCCUUCCUCAGCGAGCCGGGCGUCUGCGGCACCGAGUACCGCGCGCCUGGUUCUGUCGGAGCUUUCCAUCCUAAUAUGACGGUGCCAUCUGGAGCAAAUGCAUCGUUUGUCGUCGUCAACCUAGCACUUGCGCUUGCAGUUUGCCGGUCUGUCGUCAACCUAGAACUUGCAGUUUACCGGAAUGUCGUCAACCUAGAACUUGCAGUUUACCGGAAUGUCGUCAACCUAGCACUUGCAGUUUGCCGGUCUGUCGUCAACCUAGAACUUGCAGUUUACCGGAAUGUCGUCAACCUAGCACUUGCAGUUUACCGGAAUGUCGUCUGCAACCUAGCAUUUGCACUUGCAGUUUGCCGGUCUGUUGGCAACCUAGAACUUGCAGUUUGUCGGUCUGUCGGCAAACAAUCGCUUGCAGCAGUGCGCCUGGCGGUGCCGGUGUGCUGCCGCGGCUGGGCGCCCGCCCUGGGCUUCCGCUGCGAGGCCGUGUGCUCGUCGGGCUGCCGCAACGGCGGCGAGUGCGUGGCGCCCGACACGUGCCGCUGCCCGGCCAACCGCACGCUCGACCUGGGCGGCAACUGCGUGGCCACGUGCCCCGGCACGUGCCUCAACGGCGUGUGCACCGGCACGCUCACGUGCGCCUGCCACGACGGCUUCUGGCCGGACGCUCAGGGCAAGCUGUGCGCGCCGCUCUGCCGCCCCGACUGCGUCAACGGCAACUGCACAGCGCCGAACGUGUGCCAGUGCCACGCGGGCCACCGCAAGGACGCGCGCGGCGUGUGCCAGCCGCUGUGCCCGGAGGGCUGCGUCAACGGCGACUGCGUGGGCGAGCGGCGCUGCGCCUGCCGCCCGGGCUACGCCAAGCUGGACCGCGACGAGCACGCGCACGUGUGCGUGCCCACGUGCCCGUCGGGCUGCCGCAACGGCGAGUGCAUCCCGCACUGCCCCGGCGGCUGCGAGCACGGCUCGUGCACGGGGCCCGACUACUGCACGUGCCUGACGGGCUACACGCGCCACCCCGACCCGGCGCGCGGGCGCCACUCGUGCGUGCCGCACUGCCCCGCCGGGUGCGCGCACGGGCUGUGCACGGCGCCGGGCGUGUGCCAGUGCAACGCGGGCUACCGCUUCGACGCGCGCAACACGACUGGCGGCGGGCCGUGCAAGCCCGACUGCGGCAGCGCCGGCUGCUUCAACGGGGACUGCACCGCGCCCGGGGUGUGCACCUGCCGCAAAGGGUACAAACUGGAGGGCAACUCGACGACGCGCUGCACGCCGCACUGCCCACGUGGCUGCGCCAACGGUACGUGCACGGCGCCCGACACGUGCACGUGCAAGGUGGGCUACGAGCUGAAGGCCGGCAGCUGCGCGCCGCGCUGUAGCCUCGGCUGCGCCAACGCGGACUGCACCGCCCCAGAGGUGUGCACGUGCAAGCCCGGCCACCGCAAGGACCCGCUGGACCUGCGCGGAAUGCGCUGCAUUGCCAACUGCCCGCAGGGCUGCGUCAACGCGGUGUGCUCCGGCCCCAACCUCUGCCUGUGCAACGCAGGCUUCGUCAAGGACCGCACCGUUCCCGGCGGCAACGUGUGCGUGAGGAGGGGGGCGUCCGGCUAGUGUGUAUCUCUUCUAGCCCCCCUUCCCACCCGGACUGCGUCACCAGGGUUGUUUCAAAAGUUGCCACUCGUCAUACCACCUCACACCCUACGCGGCAAUUACCAAUGAAACGCCAAAGGUCACAGUGUAAUUACCAUGGAGUAACGCUGUGUCCAGAUGGUUUGUCUGACAGGGAUCUCCAAGGAUCUUAUAUUUCACAUAGUAUGCUCGAAAUGAAAUCUAGAGAGUUAUCGUUGCUUAAUCAGAAUGCAAAGAAAACAAGAGUACAAACUGACGGACCUGUAUGAAGGCUUCCUUUCAUUUAGGAAAGCCAUGACUUGCUGAGUAAUUAGAAUCCUUAAUUGAGUUAACCCUUUACCUAGGAAUGGCCACUAAACCCCACAAAAAUAUCAUCUCAUAAUUUUAAAAUACGUUUAAAUUAUUUUAGACAAAUAUUUUGUGAAUAUUUUUUACUGGAAUAAUAUGGAAAUCAAAUUCAUAUUUACAACUUGUAAUGAAAUUUUUUUCUUUACAUUCAUACACCAUUAAUAAUUGCAGAAACUUUAACAUUUCACAACAAAGAAUAAUCAGUUUUAUUCUCCCUGUUCGCUAGAAAUAUAAUGACAUUUUUGUAUGUCCUAAUUAAAAGAUUAUUUUGAAAAGAGAUUUCUUAGAAAUCAAUUACUGCAAUCAAGGUGCAAAUAUUAAUCAGAAUUAAAACAGACAAUAAUUCUUUUUCAGGUGUAAUAAUUAGCACCAAAAUAAAACGAUUUCAUAUUGUGAGCUUUAUUUACUUUUGGUAGAAGCCAAACAGUAAGACCCAAAUCAAGUUUAAAGAAGACCAUGUAAUUGCAUCUUAUUCACAGUUGGUAAUAAUAAAAGUAGUAAACUAUUAACAAAAGUAAAAUUAUUUUUAUCCUUUUAUUCAUCCCUUUACAAGUGAAACACAUCAAGUUAAGAAUUUAAGUAUGGAGAAAACACACAUUCAUUUUAAAUGCUUUGGGAAAGUGAUUUGACUUUAAAAAAAAGUUAGUUUUAAUACAAAUGUAGUGUUUUGAACUUGUUUUUAUUAGUUUACUUUUUGUUACAUUUAAUUUGAAUUUGAAAUUGCAUUAAUUUAUAUUCAUUUAUGAAAAUUGUGACAUAGUGGAUUUUACCAAUGAAGAUAAUCUAAUUGUUUCAUCACCUUCAGUCAUGAGAGAUUUUGAAAGCUCCUUUGUUAUUGAAUUAUCUUCACUUUAUUUAAAUGCUAGGUAAGAGGUUUAAGUGACACAAAUAAUUUUCAUACAUAAUUUACAUUUUUAUUAAUGUAGUGGAUGGAAUCCAUUUAAAACAAACAUUAUGGAUACAACUUUAAGAACAGUAAUAAUUAACAAUUUGUGAUAAUAAUCAAUCUCUAUUUUUCUAAACAAAAUUUUAUCAUUUUCUUCUAAAGCACCAUCGCUAACCUUAACAUCCUUUAUAGUAAUUGAUGAAGGCAACUUACAUCCUUUACAAACCUAAUGUAAUAUUAAUGUUGUUACUUCUGCUUGCUGUUCUUCAUUUUCAAAGGAACGUUAAAAAUUUAAAAAAUUACAUAUUACAAAUAUGGUAUUUGCAAGCUAACAAUAGAUUGAUUUGUAAGUUAGUCCAUAAUUACUAAAAAUUAUUAUUUAUAUUUUAGAAAGCUUUUCAAAUUAAUUACACCUUUUUUUGAGAAGGAAGUUUUAAAUUCUCGACAGAAGUUGAAAAUCUUGCUUCAGUUCACAGGUUUAAUAUAAAAAACAAUAAAAAUAGUGGAAAACAAAGUUUUAAAACACAACUAGACUGUAAACAUAAACAGGCAAGUCUCUGGAAGUGCAUUAAACAAAUUCACUUCUAUAACUGAAAAAGAACAAAGAAGUUUCAUUAAGUUAUUUGACUGAAGACCUGCACCAACAUGUCUGUGUUAGUGCACAUUCCGUGUUCAAUCAAGGAAUACACCAAGUCAUGAUUCCAAGUCAUGGUUCUUGGACAUGUUUCUUUGCUAAAAUAAAUUGUUUUUAAACCUAAUGAACCCAUUAAGUCCCUUAAUAGAUUUCUCUUCUUUGGAAAAUUAUGAGAUAUAAACGGGUGAAAACCAGAACGGUAUAAGUGACAUUUUAUAAAUUCUGAGAAAUCGGUUUAUUUAAGUCGAUGUCAC